AUGUCUCGUCCUGUUCAACUUAAAUUCGAAGAUGAAUAUUGUGUUGGACAUUUUGAAGAUAAUGAAAAAAAACCAAAAGGGGUAACUGAAGUUAUCCAACAACACCGUAAAACUGAUAAUGUAGAACGAAAGAAAAAUCACGUUUGGUCUACUGAGGAAACUUAUCAAUUCUAUCAAGCUCUAAAAAUCUUUGGAACAGAUUUUGAAAAAAUCCAAAAACGACUUGGUGAUCAUAUCACACGAAGAGACGUUUCUGUAAAAUUUAAACGUGAAAGUAGAGAAAAUAGUGGAAUGAUUAUGAGUGCUAUGGGAGGUAAAACAAAUGUAAGAUUGAGUGGAAUACUUUCUCGUGUAAAAGCUGCAAAUAAAUCUUCUUCACCAAAUAUACAAACUAGAACAUGCCAAGUUACCCCUAUUAGUUCGAAAAAUGUUUCUGAACAAGAAAAUACAUCAUCUGUUUAUGAGAAUGAUUUUUGA